AUGGCGGGUUUUUUUGGGGGUGGAACAGGGAAAUUAAGAAAACUGGAAGGAGGCCGUCCCAGUUUCCCUUUAAAGCAAGCUGUGACGGCGGGUUCUCUCGCACUUGCUGGAGGACAACCAAUCGCCCAAGUUAGAGACCCGCUGGAUCUUAUGGGGGCCAUCCUUUUGGACCAUGAUUGGCUUCGUGCCUUGCGGAUGACUUCUUAUGGGUUUCUUUUUUAUGGCCCUGGUUCUUAUGCAUGGUAUCAAUAUCUUGAUUCUUGUUUGCCUAAGCAGUCAGCAAAGAAUCUGAUGCUGAAGGUACUAUCUAUUCUUGAUUUUUGACAUUUAAUUUUGAUAGCUUCAGUAACUUGACUUGUUAAAAGAGUAGAUUUGUUGAGAA